CAAUCAGACAGACCGAGGUCGCCAUUUUCGCAUCUACUUCUCUUCCUCUUCCUCUUCCUUUUCCUCUUCGUUUUUUUGCAAUCAAUCUAUCUAUCUAUCUGGUUUUUCUUCUCUUUUCUUUUCCUCUGUGAUUGUUGUUUAUCACGGAUGCCACACGUAUCGUCAUGUCAACCAACUAUCCCUGUUUCUGUAUGCUUUAUUGACUCACGCCUACGCCUGCCUCGCCACACAAUCGCCCUUGCUUGAAUUUUCUCCGCGGUUACUUCCUCAGGAAGAUGAAUCGCAUGGAAAUCCCUGAACAAGAUAGAACCAACCUGCAACCACAAGUGGUCCUGGCCGAGGCUCAGGAUUCACUUCAUGCUGGCAGGCAAGAGGGGGAAGAUGAACAGACGCGUGGAUCCGGCUAUAAGAUGAGGUCAGCCUCCAAGUUCUUCCAUGCAAACAUAUCUGCUUCAUUAAUACUUGCAUAUCAAAGCUUUGGGGUGGUAUAUGGAGAUCUGAGCACUUCACCGCUGUAUGUCUACAAAAGUAUAUUUGUCGGGAAGAUGCAGAAUCAUCAGAAUCCUGACACAGUAUUUGGGGCAUUUUCAUUAAUCUUUUGGAUCUUGACAUUGAUUCCACUGCUCAAAUAUAUCAUUAUUGUUUUGGCUGCUGAUGAUAAUGGUGAAGGUGGGACAUUUGCGCUUUAUUCCCUGCUUUGUAGGCAUGGAAAGUUCAGUUUACUUCCAAAUCAACAAGCAGCUGAUGAAGAACUUUCUGCUUAUAAAUAUGGGCCCUCGAGACAGCCUUCAUCAUCUGUAGGAUUGAAAAGAUUUCUAGAGAAACACAAAAAAUUACGGACGGCAUUGCUGCUUGUGGUUUUGCUGGGGGCUGGUAUGGUAAUAGGUGAUGGUGUAGUUACUCCUGCUAUGUCAGUACUAUCAUCAGUAUCAGGGCUUCAAGCUGCGCAGAUAGGGUUGCCUCAGGGUGUGGUGCGAUUACUAUCUUGCAUGAUAUUGGUAGGACUGUUUGCUUUGCAGCACUGUGGUACCCAUAAGGUUGGCUUCCUGUUUGCCCCAGUUGUCAUCGUAUGGUUGAUAUCAAUUUUGGCAAUUGGACUAUAUAACACAAUACACUGGAACCCAAAAAUUGUUGUAGCUCUUUCACCUCACUAUAUAAUCAAAUUCUUUCGUCAAACUGGUAGAGAUGGAUGGAUUUCACUUGGAGGGGUCCUCCUGUCCAUUACAGGUACUGAAGCAAUGUUUGCAGAUCUUGGCCAUUUUUCUGCAUGCUCAAUCAGGAUUGCAUUUACGAUUCUGGUGUACCCGUGCUUGGUAGUGCAAUAUAUGGGCCAGGCUGCAUAUUUGUCAAAAAAUAUUAGUUCAAUUUCAAAUAGCUUCUAUGAUUCGGUUCCUGGUGCUGUAUUUUGGCCUGUGUUUAUCAUUGCGACUCUUGCGGCUGUUGUAGCUAGUCAGGCUAUAAUUUCGGCUACUUUUUCCAUAAUCAAGCAAUGCCAUGCACUUGGUUGUUUUCCUCGUGUGAAGGUGGUUCACACUUCAAAACAAAUCUAUGGGCAGAUCUAUAUACCGGAAAUAAACUGGAUCCUCAUGGUUCUUACUCUUGCUGUGGCUGUUGGUUUCACUGACACAACUAAUAUAGGGAAUGCGUAUGGCCUAGCUGUCAUGUCAGUGAUGUUCAUUACGACUUUUCUCAUGGCUCUUGUUAUGGUUGUUGUCUGGCAGAGGAGUAUAGUACUUGCUGCUGUAUUCCUUGUCUUCUUCUGGUUAAUUGAAGGUUCUUGCCUAUCGGCGGCCUUUAUGAAAAUUCCUCAAGGGGGGUGGGUGUCCAUUGUCCUAUCUUUCAUCUUUAUGUUCGUCAUGUUUGUCUGGCACUAUGGGACUCGCCGGAAAUACAACUUUGAUUUACAUAACAAGGUGCCCCUGAAAUGGAUACUUGGUUUGGGGCCCAGCCUUGGUAUUGUGCGCGUCCCGGGGAUCGGUCUCAUAUACUCAGAGCUGGCAACUGGAGUUCCUGCAAUCUUUUCGCAUUUUGUUACAAACCUGCCUGCUUUUCAUAACGUUUUGGUGUUUGUUUGUGUAAAGCAUGUUCCAGUGCCUUACGUUGCACCUGAGGAACGCUUCCUGAUUGGGCGGAUAUGCCCAAGACCGUAUCGCAUGUAUAGAUGCAUUGUGAGAUACGGCUACAAGGACUUGCAAGGAGAUGAUGGUAACUUCGAAAACCAGCUGAUACAGAGUAUAGCCGAGUUCAUACAAAUGGAAGCUAUAGAGCCUCAGUUCUCAAGCCCCGACUCAGUGUCAUACGACGGGCGGAUGGCAGUGAUAAGCUCGAGGACAUUGCAGUCUGCAUCAAGCUUGGUUGUGUCUGAGGUUGAGGACUUUGGAGUCAUCAAUUCCAUCCAAAGCAGCAGCAGCAGUAAAUCUUUAACCCUGCAAAGUCUGAGGUCGGCUUAUGACGAUGAGAAUCCCCAGAUACGGAGGCGACAAGUGAGGUUUCAAAUAUCUCCUCAUGGGAUGGAUCCAUCUGUGAGAGACGAGCUUAUGGAGCUGAUCCAGGCGAAGGAAGCCGGCGUUGCCUACAUAAUGGGGCACUCGUACAUCAAGGCUAGGAGGUCGUCUUCAUUUUUGAAGAAACUCGUCAUUGAUUUUGGGUAUUCGUUCCUGCGAAAGAAUUGCAGGGGGCCGGCAGUUGCUCUUCACAUUCCGCACAUCAGCCUCAUUGAAGUCGGGAUGAUAUAUCAUGUGUAAGGGAAAAGAAAGGAAGCAAAAUGGAGCGAUGAUCUUCGGGAAUUGGGGAGUUCUUCCUCUUGUGUCUCUAAAUGCGGUGGUGGGGUGGUGGUGGUGGUGGCGCGGUAGUGGUGGCUGCUGCUGGUGAAUUAUAUUAUUGUGUAAUAUGAUGAGACCUGACCUGAGGCUUUCUUUAUGUGCUACUGCUACUGCUUGCUUUGCCUUCUCAUCAUGAAUAAUGACUGAAUGAAUGGAUGGAUGGAGGGAUGAUGCUCUCUGUUUAAAGAAAAAGAAA